AUGAGAGAGAACGCGCAGACAGGACAGGCCUGGGUGCAAGGCGGAUUGGAUCGGGAAACAAGGAACGCUCGCAACACUCUGGGUUGCCAAAUUAUCAACGGCCCGGCUGCUGUGAAGAAUCUGUACGAAUCUCAUGCUAAGAAGCAAUCGUUAGAGAAGGCGAGACUCGAGAGCGCUCAGCUUGCCGCACAGGCAGUUAAAGAGCUCGGGUUGGGUUUUGCCGCCCCCUCCCAGGACACCGGUGCAUCGGGAGACGCAGUCGCGGCGCCAGCGGGGGAAGCUCCUGCGGUUAUAGUGGACGGGUUCGGCCAGCCAUCACCGGGCGCGGUCAACGAUUUGGCGUCGGCGAUGAUUAACUUCGUCAUGUGCGGCUUGAAGAUUGAGGCUCUCCAGUUGCGCGCGUCAAGAGCGAAGGCGAACAACACAAUCCUACAGAAGACCGAGCGCCUGGAGGAGCAAACACAACUAGAACGGCAAAUCUAUCUAUUCCGGAAGGAUCAGCAAUGGAUCAUGCCGUUGGUGUUCGCGGCCGUACAGGAAUUGCAGGGCGUCGAGAGCAGCAGGGCCAUGGCCGACGACAAAGACGAAGACACCGCGGUAGGAGAUCAAGCCAAACGCACGGCUGUCCUUUAUCUCCCAUCGGAACUCGAUCGGGAUCUCGCACGCACACCCACUUUGCUCAAGCUUUUGCACAUCGAGUUGAAGCUUCGCUAUGACGGGAUGGAGGAUUGGCUGGACAUACUGCGCUAG